CUCAAACUCAAACGACGCAACGCAAGCAAGCAGUCGAGCUAGCUAAGCUAAGCAUCUCCCAGUCUCGGCACCUCUAUCGCGCCGCCUGCCGCCCGCGCCUAGCUAGCUCCAACGACGCAGCAGCAACCAACCAUGAGCACCAGCGAGGCCGGCGCCGCCGCGACCGUGAUCCCCAUCGACGACGUGGCCCGCGACCACGGCAAGGCCCCGGCCGUGGCCACGGCGCCUCCUCCUCCCGCUGCAGCAGCGGCGGUACCCGCGGCAGCGACGACGACGGCGCCUCGGAAGACGGGGGUCCCGUUCUUCCGGCGCGCCGACCGCGGCAGCCGGUGCGUGGCGCUCCUGGACUUCGUGCUGAGGGUCGCGGCCUUCGGGCCCGCCCUCGCCGCCGCCAUCGCCACGGGCACCUCCGACGAGACGCUCUCCGUCUUCACCCAGUUCUUCCAGUUCCACGCCCGCUUCGACGACUUCCCGGCGCUCCUGUUCUUCAUGGUGGCCAACGCGAUCGCGGCGGGGUACCUGGUGCUGUCCCUGCCCUUCUCCGCCGUCAUCGUCCUCCGCCCACAGGCCAUCGGCUUGCGCCACCUCCUGCUCGUCUGCGACAUGAUCAUAGCGGCGCUGCUGACGGCCGCUGCGGCAGCGGCGGCGGCGAUCGUGGACCUGGCGCACUCGGGGAACCUGCGCGCCAACUGGGUGCCCAUCUGCAUGCAGUUCCACGGCUUCUGCCAGCGCACCAGCGGCGCCGUCGUGGGAUCGUUCCUCGCCGUGCUCGUCCUCUUAUUCCUCGUCAUCUUGGCCGCCUUCGCCAUCAGGAAACGCUGAACUCGAUGAUUUUCUGCCCUGUUAGGGCUGCAUGCAUGCGUAUGCGAUGUUGCUGUGUGUUUGCAUCGUGCUAUGUGAUUUCAGCUGUGGUAUGAGAUAUACUUGUGUAAGUGUACGUGAGCAGUGGCUAGUGGAGUGGAAGUGCUUGUGUAUGAUUCUCAUAUUUGUUGCCUGCAAUGCAAAUGCAAAGGUGGUCACAGUGUUCUUUAAAAUCUAUACGAUAUACUAUAUCA